AUGUUCACUAAUUCAAUCGGCCUGCUUUGUCGACCAUGCAGAUUUCCGCUUACGGUUCCUUUUGCGACGAGAGGCUUCCAGACGAGCCAGAGUGUGCUGGCAAGACACAAACAGCCGAAAAUUCGCGUUCCCUCGAAGAAAACGCUUGCGGCCAAGGCUAAAAGACGUGCAGCAAAGGCUCGAAAGAAUAUAUAUGACUCGGAGAAGAUGCCUUUGCUAGAUGCAAUCGCCGUGUUACGCGCCGUCGAAGUCGCCAAGCCGAACGCGACAUACGAACUAUUUGUAAAGACGCAGAUUAAGAACGGGGUUGCCAUACCUAAAGGCCGCGUUAACUUACCGAGGGAGGCAAAACCCAAAACGGAGGACAAGAUUUUGGUAUUUGCCGAAGGCCGACAAGCGGAAGAGGCUAAGAAAGCCGGUGCACACGUUGUUGGCGGACCAGAGCUCAUCGAUGCCGUGAUCAGUAAUAGACAUCAAGCAACCACCAUUCUAUGUACGACUUCUUUAAUUCGAACCAUCACGCCAAAACUUGGCCGUGUUUUGGGUCCUCUCGGGCUUAUGCCCUCCGAGCGUCGAGGUACUGUGACCGACGACAUAGCAGGAUAUAUUCAGCGUCUUUACGGCACGAGCGAAUGGAGAGCGGACAAGUCAGGCAGCAUUCAUACGGCAAUUGCUAAGCUUCAUUUCCCCAUCGACGAUGUUGUCAAGAAUGUUCGGCAUUUCAUGACCUCGGUUAAGCGAGUGACGGGAAAUCAGAGAGAUAAGGAGGACAAGAAAACUGCGAAGCCUGUUACCUCCAUAUCCAAAGUAAUGCUCAGUUCAGGACAAGGGCCCGGCAUUCAAAUUUCUGAUUUCUGA